CUUUCAAGUGCUUUCGUGCACGAACCCUCAUAAAUCCUUUAUCAAAUUAUUAUACACUUAUUUCAUCAUCAUCGUCCUCGGUAAACGUCGCCGUCGGCAGCCGGAAACAGACUUGUCGGAGAAGUUAUGUUCGUGUCAUUUCUUAGAAUUCAACAACUACACGACGACGACGGUGCUCAUGGAAGAAACUAAAAAGUCUUCAUCAGAUAACGCCACCGUGAACCUUUCGAAUUACGAUCUGGCUCGAUCUCGUUUGUUUCCUUCUGGAUUUUAUUGCUGGGACUGGGAAUUCCUCACCGCUUUGUUGCUGUUUAGUUGUUGAUUUUGUUUGAUUUUAGUGGUUGAUUAAGGUAGAUUUAGGAUUUUAGGGGAGAUUUUUAGAGCGAUUUGUGGUAGGUGAGAUUGGAAAAAAGGGAGAGAAAAUGUCGCAUCGGUCGGUUCCGGCACCUUUUCUGACUAAGACGUAUCAGUUGGUGGAUGAUCCGGCGACUGACGAUGUGAUUUCGUGGAACGAUGGUGGUAAUACGUUCAUCGUUUGGAAAACUGCUGAUUUUGCUAGGGAUUUGCUUCCGAAUUCGUUCAAACACAACAAUUUCUCCAGCUUCGUUCGUCAGCUUAACACUUAUGGGUUUCGGAAAACUGUGCCGGACAAAUGGGAGUUUGCAAAUGAUAACUUUAAGCGUGGGGAGAGAGCGCUUUUGAUUGAGAUUCGUCGUCGGAAAACUGUGACAUCAUCCCAAGCUCAUGCAAACGGGAAGCCAACCAGCGGCGAUGGUGGUCCAGCAUCAUCACCAACUAGUUCAGGCGACGACCUGGGAUCCAGCUCAACCUCUUCGCCGGAUUCAAAGAAUCCAGGGUCGGUGGACACUCCGACGGUUGAGAAAUUGGAAAACCUGUCGGACGAAAACGAGAAACUGAAGAAGGAUAAGCAGAUGUUGACGUCAGAACUUGCACAGAUGAAGAAGCAGUGCAACGACCUCGUGGCGUUUCUGACCCAGAACGUGAAGGUGGCACCGGAUCAAAUUAACCGCAUCUUGGGUGGAGACGGUGGGGUUGGUGAGAUAGUGAUGGCCGACGAGGAGGAUGAUAAUGAUGAAGAAGAAAAGGGGGAAUGUUUCAAGUUGUUUGGGGUGUUUUUGAAAGAAGAUAAGAAAAAGAGGGGUCGAAAUGAAAACAACAUUUCUUUUGGGGCCCAAAGGAAAGAGAUGAAGAUGGAUGAUGCUUCUAGGAUGAAUCCAUAUUCUACAACUGGACAGUCAACCAACGUGUGCAACUAACGAAUAGAAGCAUGCCACGUGGUUGACGGGUCCUAGUUUUAAAAAUCCAAUAUUACAAAUGUAAGGUAUUCAUACAUAAAGUCGUAUGUUAUAUUUAUGUAUUUUUGGCAUUUUAUCUAUUUUUCUUUAUGUUUCUAUUAAUAUUAUAAAUAGUGUCGAAAAUAAAUCUUGUACGUGGGAAUUCUCAGAACUGUUAGUGACAGUGGUUGAAACAUAUAUAUUGUCGUUAUAGAUGUUUUGUUUUUUU